UCUUCCUGUAGCUCUCUACGGCUUACGUCCCUCAGCAUACGCUCAUUUUCUCGUGCAGCCAGUACUUCCUUCCUCCACCACCAUGAGUUUCUAUGCACCUCAGGCCUCUCAUGUCUCCUUCACCCGAUCUAUGCCGGUACACCGUGCCGCUAGUACGUAUGGCGGGGCAGGUGGACAGGGCACCAGGAUCUCAUCUGCCUCUUCCAUGUCUCUCCGUUCUGCUCCUAGAAGUGGAGGCAUUUCUUCUUCCACAGCUUUCAAGGUGAGCUCAGCCGGCAUGGGUGCUGGUUCAGCGGGGUCCCUCAGGGCGAGCACUGCCUCCACAGGGCACGUCCUAGGCAACGAGAAAGGCCAGAUGCAGAAUCUGAAUGACCGUUUGGCCACAUACCUAGAAACGGUGCGCCGGCUGGAGCAGGAGAACAGCAAACUGGAGAUGCAGAUCAGAGAGGCCCUGGAGAAAGGUGGACCAGAAACACGCGACUACAGCAAGUACAACGCAAUCCUGGAUGACCUGAGGAGGGAGGUGUUUGAUGUCACUUCGGACAAUGCUCGUCUUGUUCUGCAGAUUGACAAUGCUCGUCUGGCAGCAGAUGACUUCAGAGUCAAGUUUGAGAAUGAGAUGGCUAUCAGGCAGUCCGUGGAAGGAGAUAUUGCAGGUCUGAAGAAGGUCAUUGAUGACACCAACAUGGGUCGCAUGAAUGUGGAGGGUGAAAUUGAGUCCUUGAAAGAUGAGCUUGCUUUCCUCAAGAAAAACCAUGAAAAUGAAGUUGGGGAGCUGCGAAACCAGAUCUCCCUGUCAGGUGUUCAGGUGGAUGUUGAUGCACCAAAGGGGCAGGAUCUAUCUCAAGUGAUGGAAGAGAUUAGGGGUAACUAUGAAAAGAUAGCUCUCAAAAACGCAGAGGAACUCAAAAUGUGGCACGAAUCCCAGCUAUCAGAAGUCCAAGGGCAGGUGGCUCAGAACACAGAGGCAUUACAAGGUGCACAGAUGGAAAUUAAUGACCUACGGCGACAGAUUCAAACAUUAGAAAUAGAGCUUGCAUCCCAACAAAACUUGAAAGCGUCGCUUGAGGAUACGCUGCGGAACACAGAGCUACGUUCAAACACAGAGGUGGAGAGGUACAACGGCCUCACGCUGCAGCUUGAAGCUGAGUUGUCACAGCUGAGGUCAAAUAUCACAGAGCAGGGUCAGGAAUAUGAAGCCCUGCUUAAUAUUAAGAUGAAACUGGAAGCAGAGAUCAACACUUACAAGAAACUUCUAGAUGGGGGAGACUUCAAGCUCCAGGAUGCAAUAGAUGACCAAGAGUGAUAUUACUAGCAGCAAUCUUGAAGACCACACCACAAAAAUGGUUUCCUCUUUAAAGUUGGAUGAAUGGUCCAUUAGAGUUAACUCUUAGUGAGCAUGGAUGGUCAUAGGAUGGUGUAUUUCAUACAAAAAGUCAUUAAAACCAAAGUUUCAUCUUA